UAUCAUGGACACUACAUGGGCUGUUAUCUCAUGGAGUGUACCUAGUUAUAUUCCACAAGACUAUCCCAUCAUUACAUAUGAGGCAGGAUACUAUGUCAUAUCGUCUGGUAACUGUUCAACAGUAGAUAGUGAUAUUGAUUUUCAAAUGCGACAGCUCUUUAACUCAACCAAUAGCAAUACAUUUAUUAUAAUCACUGACCUUAAAGAUGCAUCUUGUUAUAUUUUUGGUGUACGUGCCUAUACUGAGAAUGGAUAUGGAAAAUGGGCAUUUAUUGUUAAUAGGACCCUAAAACUGCCACAAACAUCCCCUUGCUUCCCUUCAAAUAGCAAUGCAUCCAAUACUGUUAUUGCUCUAUGUGUGUUAGUAGGUGUAUUGUGUAUUCUACUAACUGUCAGUGUUAUUAUUUAUAUCAAUUACUUCAUAAGAAAGAAGAGUUCAUAUGCUACUAACAAACAAACAAAGAGUGAUGAUAAUAUUCCAAUGCAAGUCUGUGAACCUUACGAAAUUCAUAAGAAAAGAUUAAAUGAAGAAAAUGAAGAAGUAUAUGCAGAAUGCCAGACAUCACCUGAUGAUAUUUAUGAACCUAUGCCGCAAUAAAUGCUCCUUAAAAACUGUUAAAAUAUCCUCUAGUUUUACUGUAGCUUGUUAAAGAAUAACUUGUGUUGUGCAAUUAGUGAAAAAAUAAGAUUUUGUGAGUGCAUUAA